UCUUUAUUUCUUCUGAUUUUUCUACUUGUUAGACGUUGAUCUUGUCUUUUUGUAUCUUGUUUUGGUGACUUCAAUCUGCUUUAAGAUUAGUAUGUCUGAAUUGAAUGAUCACGAGUCUUGUUUCACGAAUUCGAUUUUUUUUUUUGUCAACCACAAACCUGAAUCAUAGUUAUGGGUUUCUGUAGUUAUAUAUCAAGAAAAGUUUAUUUUGGUUUUUGGAUAUGAUGAAAUAUCACACUAGAACGAUGUGUCCAUCCAUAUAGGGUUUUAACUAAUUUUUCCAAGAAUGUUUCACUUGGUGAUUGUGGAUUCUUGACUUCUUGUGAUGGUCCCUCAUCAGUGAUUGUUGACUUCUGUCUGUGUUCAUAUGGUGGAACAGGAGAGUAGUUAUGGCUGAAGGAGUUAUCUUGUUUGGAAUUGAGAAGCUUUGGGAUCUUGUGAAUCGAGAAUCUGAGCAGUUUCAGGGGGUUCACGAGCAAGUUUCCGAACUAAAACGUCAGUUGGGAAGGUUACGAUCUUUGUUGAAAGAUGCAGAUGCUAAGAAACAUGAAAGUGAAAGGGUGAGGAACUUCUUGGAAGAUGUAAAAGACAUUGUUUAUGAUGCUGAGGAUAUAAUUGAAACCUUUCUUUUGAAAGAAAGAAGUAGAAAAGAAAAAGGGAUCAAGAAGCGUGUCACCAGACUUGCUUCCGUCUUAGUGGAUCACCGGAAAAUAGUUUCGGAUACCAAGAGAAUAACUAAGAGGAUCUCUGAUGUGAUCGAGGGAAUGCAGAGUUUUGGGAUACUACAGAUCAUUGAUGGUGGGCGUUCAUUGUCCCUUCAGGAUAGACAAAGGGAAGUCCGACAAACAUAUCCUAACAAUUCUGAAAGCGAUCUUGUGGGGGUGGAUCAGAGUGUUGAAGAUUUGGUUGGUCAAUUGGUGGGAAAUGAUAACAUUCAAGUGGUUUCUAUAUCCGGGAUGGGUGGUAUUGGUAAAACCACUUUGGCCAGACAAGUUUUUCAUCAUGACAUAGUACGACGUCAUUUUGAUGGAUUCGCAUGGAUUUGUGUUUCGCAACAGUUUACACAGAAGUAUGUUUGGCAAAGAAUCUUGCAAGAACUUAGGCCAGAUGAUGGGGAGAUUUUACAGAUGGAUGAGUUUACACGACAAGGUAAACUCUUUCAGUUGUUGGAAACUGACAGAUAUUUGAUUGUCUUAGAUGAUAUAUGGAAAGCAGAAGACUGGGACCGAAUAAAAGAAGUGUUUCCACAGAAAAGAGGUUGGAAGAUGCUACUUACUUCCCGCAAUGAAAGUGUUGGUUUACAUGCACAUCCGACAUGCUUUUCUUUUAGGCCUAAAAGCCUAACGCCAGAACAAAGUUGGACUCUAUGCCAAAGACUAGCAUUCCCUAGGAGAGGUGAAGCAGAAUAUAGGGUUGAUGACGAAUUGGAAGUCAUGGGUAAGGAAAUGGUCUCACAUUGUGGAGGACUACCGUUAGCUGUUAAAGUGUUGGGAGGAUUGUUAGCUACGAAACAUACAGUUUCCGAGUGGAAAAGAGUAUAUGAAAAUAUUGGACCUCACAUCGUAGGAGAAUCUGGCUUAAAUUUCAAUACGGUUUACCGAGUAUUGUCUUUGAGCUAUGAAGAUUUGCCAAUGGGGUUAAAGCAUUGCUUCCUUUACCUCGCCCAUUUCCCUGAAGACUACAAGAUAGAUGUGGAGACACUGUUUAAUUACUGGGCUGCAGAAGGACUUAUAAUGAUCUAUCGAUCAACCAUUCAAGAUAAUGCGGAAGGCUACCUAGAAGAGUUAGUGAGAAGAAAUAUGGUUAUUGCUGAAAGAAGCUAUUUGACUUCGAGAAUCGAGUCAUGUCAUAUGCAUGACAUCAUGAGAGGAGUUUGUUUAUCUAAAGCCGAAGAAGAGAACUUUCUACAAAUCGUCCAAGGUCCUACAUCUACCUCUACCUCAACCAUCAAUGCUCAAUCUCCUCGCAGGCUCGCUGUACACAGUAGUAAUGCAUUUGAAAUGAUUAGACAUGAAAAUUUUAAGAAAGUUAGAUCUCUUUUGUUUUUCAAGGCAGCUGUGAUACAAUCAGUUUCAGACUUUGGAAUUUUACCGUUUCUCAGGGUGUUGGAUCUUUCUAGAGCUAAGUUUCAAGGAGGGAAGUUACCUUCCAGCAUUGGAGAGCUCAUCCAUUUGAGAUUCCUGAGCUUAUACAGGGUUGUAGUAUCUCAUCUACCUUCUUCUCUACGGAAUCUGAAGCUUCUGCUCUAUUUGAACUUAGGUGUCGAUGGAGUUUCAGUUCAUGUGCCAAAUGUUUUGAAAGAGCUGCGAGAAUUGAGGUACCUUAUCUUACCUUUUCUAAUGGAUGUUAAGACAAAGUUGGAAUUGGGUGAUCUGAUAAACCUAGAGAGCUUGAGGGGUUACUCAAUAGAGAACAGUAGUGUGAAAGACCUUCUUGGUAUGACUAAGCUCAGAACUCUCACUGUCCAUUCCCUUGAUAGUUGUACUUUAGAAACUCUGUCUGCAUCUCUCCGUGAAUCGAGAGAACUCGAGCAUCUUUCACUGUACGAGGUCAUGCAUGGUAGGCAUAAUGAAGGAAAAUUAGUUCUUGAUUCGAUUCAUCUCAAAUUUUUAACGGUGGGCAUGCAUAUGACUAGAUUGCCUGAUCAACAUCGAUUCCCUCCAAACCUUGCGCACAUAUGUCUUCGGUAUUGUUGCAUGGAAGAGGAUCCAAUGCCGAUUCUAGAGAAGUUGCUUCACUUGAAAUUUGUUGAACUAUCAUAUCGUGCUUUCACUGGGAAGAGGAUGGUGUGCUCAAAAGGCGGGUUUCCUCAACUGUAUGAGCUAAAUUUAUGUGGACAAUAUGAUUUGGAAGAGUGGAUAGUAGAAGAAGGCUCCAUGCCAUGUCUUCAUACUUUGACUAUAAAUGAAUGCAGAAAGUUGAAGGAGCUUCCGGACGAGCUCAUAUACAUAACAUCCUUAAAAGAACUCACAAUUGGGUGGAGGGAUAGUGAAUGGGGGUGGAAAUUGUCUGAAAGAGGACAAGAUCACUAUAAAGUCCACCACAUUCCCGUGUUCAUUUUAUUUACUAGACCUUUGUCUAAUUUUAUGUAUAAAAAUUAAAACAGUGUAGAAAACUACAGGAUACCUCGAUUAAUAUUAGUGUGUUGAAUUAUAUAAUGUUAUUUUUGAUA